AUGUACAAUGGCAUCGGUCUCGCAACGGCGCGUGGGUCAGGCACAAACGGCUAUGUUCAGCGCAACUUGUCUUCCUUGCGCCCUCGGGAGCGUCACCAGGACUUUUCCUCCUUCGAAGAGAAGCCUCCAACGCUCCGCAAGCCCAACCAAGACAUUCUCGACCACCAGAAGAAACGGGAAAUCGAGCUCAAAUGUCUGAUGUUGCAAGAUCAGCUCGAGGGUGAAAAUGUAGACGAUGACGAUAUCGAGACACAGGUGGCCGCUUUGAGGAUCGAGUUGCUGAAGAAUCUGGAGAAGAUGCGCGUCGAUGUGAAGAAAUUGCAGGAGCACCAGGUGCAUGAGCUGGCGGAGGCCAAGCAAAAGGCGGAUGAGAAGGCUAGGCAGGCGUUUGGGAUUAGAGACGACUUUGUCGCUGGCGCUGCGUUUGAUCGUGAAUUGCAGGAACGUUUGAAGCAAGAAAAGGUUGCGGAGCGCCUACGCCGAGAAGAAGAGCGAGAGCAACGACAAAAGGAUGCUGAGAAGCGGAGGAAGGAAGAGGCAAAGGCUGCCGAAAAGCAGGCUAAACUUAGAAAGAAGGAACGCGAGGAGCAGCAAAAACGUUUGAAGAAGGAAGAAGAGGCCCGGAGCCGAGGUGUCUCGCAAACGCAAUCGCGCGCCGUCUCGCUCACCUUCCAGUUCUCGGUCUCCUCCACGGAGACGCCAGAAGCUUUCUCGUUCGCCACCUCCCCGCCCAUCUGUGGACCGCCAGAGGAGCCCACCUCGAUCCCCGUCGCGCUCCCUAUCUCCUUACAGCAAACGGGUGGCUUUGAAGAACAAGGCGUCGCCACCUCGUAG